AUGGAAGAGACAGAGGAGACAGAGGGCAGCAUCGAGGUGGAGAAGUGUGGAGUCUGGUGGUCCUCCACAUUUCUGUUUCUGUCUCAAAACUGCGAACGUACGUUUAAACUGGACUUUUUGUCUUUUUCAGUUUCUCUGCAAGUGGAUAUUGUUCCCAGCCAAGGGGAAAUCAGCGUGGGAGAGUCCAAGUUCUUCCUGUGCCAAGUGGCCGGAGAUGCCAAAGAUAAAGACAUCUCCUGGUUCUCCCCCAACGGAGAGAAGCUCACCCCGAACCAGCAGCGGAUCUCGGUGGUGUGGAACGACGACUCCUCUUCCACCCUCACCAUCUACAACGCCAACAUCGACGACGCCGGCAUCUACAAGUGCGUGGUCACUGCGGAGGAUGGCACCGAGUCGGAGGCCACAGUCAACGUGAAGAUCUUCCAGAAGCUCAUGUUCAAGAACGCACCAACCCCACAGGAGUUCAGAGAGGGAGAAGACGCCGUGAUCGUGUGUGAUGUGGUCAGCUCCCUCCCCCCAACCAUCAUCUGGAAGCACAAAGGCCGAGAUGUCAUCCUGAAAAAAGAUGUCCGAUUCAUAGUCCUGGCCAACAACUACCUCCAGAUCCGGGGCAUCAAGAAAACAGAUGAGGGCACUUACCGCUGUGAGGGCAGGAUCCUGGCCCGCGGGGAGAUCAACUUCAAGGACAUUCAGGUCAUUGUGAAUGUGCCACCCACCGUCCAGGCCAGGCAGAGCAUAGUGAAUGCCACCGCCAACCUCGGCCAGUCCGUCACCCUCGUGUGCAACGCCGAAGGCUUCCCGGAGCCCACCAUGAGUUGGACAAAGGACGGGGAGCAGAUAGAGAAUGAGGAGGACGAGAAGUACCUCUUCAGCGACGACAGCUCCGAGCUGACCAUCAGGAAGGUGGACAAGAGCGACGAGGCCGAGUACGUCUGCAUCGCCGAGAACAAGGCGGGCGAGCAGGACGCGUCCAUCCACCUCAAGGUCUUCGCAAAACCCAAAAUCACCUACGUAGAGAACCAGACUGCCAUGGAACUAGAAGAACAGGUCACUCUUACCUGUGAAGCCUCGGGAGACCCCAUUCCCUCAAUCACCUGGAGAACAUCCACCCGAAACAUCAGCAGUGAAGAAAAGGCUUCGUGGACUCGACCAGAGAAGCAAGAGACCCUGGACGGGCACAUGGUGGUGCGCAGCCACGCCCGCGUGUCGUCCCUGACCCUGAAGAGCAUCCAGUACACCGACGCCGGGGAGUACGUCUGCACUGCCAGCAACACCAUCGGCCAGGACUCCCAGUCCAUGUACCUCGAAGUGCAAUAUGCCCCCAAGCUGCAGGGCCCUGUGGCUGUGUACACGUGGGAGGGGAACCAGGUGAACAUCACCUGUGAGGUGUUUGCCUACCCCAGUGCCACUAUCUCCUGGUUCCGCGACGGUCAGCUGCUGCCCAGCUCCAACUACAGCAACAUCAAGAUCUACAACACCCCAUCCGCCAGCUACCUGGAGGUGACCCCAGACUCUGAAAAUGAUUUUGGAAACUACAACUGUACUGCAGUGAAUCGCAUUGGACAGGAGUCUUUGGAAUUCAUCCUUGUCCAAGCAGACACCCCAUCCUCACCGUCCAUCGACCAGGUGGAACCUUACUCUAGCACGGCACAGGUGCAGUUUGAUGAGCCAGAGGCCACAGGCGGGGUGCCCAUCCUCAAAUACAAAGCAGAGUGGAGAGCGAUGGGAGAGGAGGUGUGGCACUCCAAGUGGUAUGAUGCCAAGGAAGCCAGCAUGGAGGGCAUCGUCACCAUCGUGGGCCUCAAGCCCGAGACGACGUACGCAGUCCGGCUGGCGGCCCUCAACGGCAAGGGCCUGGGCGAGAUCAGCGCCGCCUCCGAGUUCAAGACGCAGCCAGUCCAUAGCCCUCUUCCACCGGCUCCUGCUAGCUCUUCCACCCCUGUUCCACUGUCUCAUCUGGAUACAACCUGGCCUCUUCCUGCCCUCACCACCACUGAAGCAUCUAAAGGGGAACCCAGCGCACCUAAGCUCGAAGGGCAGAUGGGAGAGGAUGGAAACUCUAUUAAGGUGAAGCUGAUCAAGCAAGACGACGGCGGCUCCCCCAUCCGACACUACCUGGUCAAAUACCGAGCGAAGCUCUCCUCCGAGUGGAAACCAGAGAUCAGGCUCCCAUCUGGCAGUGACCACGUCAUGCUCAAGUCCCUGGACUGGAAUGCCGAGUACGAGGUCUAUGUGGUAGCCGAGAACCAGCAGGGCAAGUCCAAGGCGGCGCACUUCGUGUUCAGGACCUCAGCCCAGCCCACAGCUAUCCCAGCCAACGGCAGCCCCACCUCGGGCCUGAGCACUGGCGCCAUCGUGGGCAUCCUCGUCGUGACCUUCGUCCUGCUCCUGGUGGCCGUGGACGUCACCUGCUACUUCCUGAACAAGUGUGGCCUGCUCAUGUGCAUCGCCGUCAACCUGUGUGGCAAAGCCGGGCCCGGAGCCAAGGGCAAGGACAUGGAGGAGGGCAAAGCCGCCUUCUCGAAAGACGAGUCCAAGGAGCCCAUCGUGGAGGUGCGAACGGAGGAGGAGCGGACCCCAAACCACGACGGAGGGAAACACACGGAGCCCAACGAGACCACGCCACUGACAGAGCCCGAGCUGCCUGCUGACACCACAGCCACUGUCGAGGACAUGCUGCCUUCUGUCACCACCGUCACCGCUAACUCUGACACUAUCACCGAAACCUUUGCCACUGCUCAGAACAGCCCCACCAGUGAGACCACCACCCUGACCUCCAGUAUCGCCCCCCCGGUCGCGGCCACCCCUGAUUCAAACUCUGUGCCCGCCGGCCAGGCCACCCCGUCCAAGGGGUCCGGCGUCUCUGCCGCCUCCCCGGCCCCGGCCCCAGCCCCAAAGGUCGCGCCCCUCGUUGACCUGAGCGACCCUCCGUCCUCGGCCCCGGCCGCCAGCAACCUGUCCUCUAGCGUGCUGGCCAACCAGGGGGCCGUGCUCAGCCCCAGCGCCCCGGCCAGCACGGGCGAGGCCCCCAAGGCCCCUCCAGCCAGCAAGGCCGUCUCCCCGUCGGCAGCCAGUCCCCUGGCAGCAGCCCCGACGGCCCCCGCCCCGGAAGCCCCCCAGGCCAAGCAGGAGGCCCCCGGCACCAAAGGUCCGGACCCCGAGCCCACCCAGUCCGGCGCCUCGAAGAGCCCACCCGAGGCCGCCAGGGUCCUCACCAGCCCGAAGAGCGAGGCGGCCUCCGUCAGCACCACAAACCCUGCCCCGGGCGAGGACUUUAAAAUGGACGAAGGGAACUUCAAGACCCCAGAUAUUGACCUUGCCAAGGAUGUUUUUGCAGCCCUGGGCUCUCCUGCUCCCGCCGCUGGGGCCAGUGGACAAGCCUCUGAGCUUGCUCCUUCCACGGCCGACGGCUCUCUUCCGCCUGCACCAGCCAAGACCGAGAAGGGUCCCGUAGAAGCAAAGCCGGAGACAGAAACGAAGCCAGCGCCAGCCGAAGUCCAGACGGUCCCCAACGAUGCCACACAAACAAAGGAGAACGGGAGCAAAGCGUGAUGGGUGACGAGACACCAGCAAAGAUCAAAAUAAAAAGUGACACAACAGCUUCACCAGAGCAUCUCCAAUAUCUCACACACACACACAUACACACACACACACGCACACACACAUCUCAUUCCUCUAGUGUCUUUUGCCUUUAAAAAAAAAAAACUAAGCAGAUCAACAUGGGAUCUCCUUUUUGUAGAUUUAUAGAAAGGGUUCCUUUGUUGCGCACUCACUUGUAAGAAAACGAGACAAAAACGUGAAACCCACAGCCAAACUAGGACACUCGGUUCCCUGAAACCAUUUAAAAAUCAAACAAAAGGACCCCAAAUUAAGAAUCUAGGAAGCUCAGAAGAAAAAAGAAUCUAGGUUCAGGAUUUUGGUGUUGCCGAACCGGCACAGACCGGGUUCAGAGAAAUAACUUCCAGACGCUAAGACUAACCGAAUGAACAAAGUCCAAGUUUAUUUUUCUACUUUCAGUCGAGUUUGAACUCUGUAAAACCUCAUAAAUAAGUUAUAAUUUCUGUUCACUUUGUAUUUGUUCAGUAUGCAAAGUGUGUCGCCCUUCCUAGCUGAAUUCAAUUCCCACAUAGACUCUUGUUUUGUAGGAAGAAUGCCAAAUGCAGCUUCUGGGGGUAGAUCUCAAUUUGCAGUAUUCGGAUUUCUUUUCUUUCUCCUUUUUUUUUUUUUCUUUCUGCCAACUUUGCUUUCCAGUGUUUACAAGUUGACAAAUGUUUGACUUCAGUUGUGUUUCGAUGUCCAUGUAAAAUAGCUGCCUUUUUUUUUUUUUUUUUUUAAGUUACAAAUACUGCCUAGAGGUGUAGGAUCCUCCCAGGACAACUUUACAAAAUCUAAUUGUUUACAGUGGCUCUUCCCCCACUUCUGAUUUGAAAUUUUUGCCUGUGUGCGACUCAGGUGAAAAUCCAUCUCAUUCUGGAACGGUUUUGCUUUUGGGUUUUCGGUUCCGUGUUUUGUUUUUUUGUUUCCUUGGGGGUUAGACCACUUCUGAUUAGUGACCACCUGCCCGUAUCUGUGAAAAGGAUCUGCUCCCCAGGCGUCCCCACCCUUCCUUUUGAAGGACUCUUAGGCUUUGUUGAAUGAAGCAGAGAAGAUUGUAUAGUCGGGGCUGGUCUUGGUGAACACACAUUUUUACCCCAAACAUCCCCUUUUUUGUAGAAAGCCAAAUAAAAUAUAUACACACAAUUUCCUUUUGAGCCCAGAAUCUAGAUUUGAGCGGAAGAGCAUGUGUGCUUCAGGGAAUUAGUGUCUUUUUUUGGAAAUCUGUUGAAGUAAAAUAACAUCAGCCUUCUGUUCACUUAGGCAGCAUUUGUAGAAACAAAAGAAAAAAAAAAACAACCUGCUGUCUGGAGUCAUAAGACAACUUUUCCUGGAUUGGAAACCAAGUGGGGGGAAAAAAAAUACAGAAACUUUAAGGGGGAUGGGAGGGGGGAGAAGGGAAAAGCCAGCCCUUUGUAUAGAAAUUUUGCUUUUUUUUUCCCUCAUUCUACUUUAGAACUGCAAGCUUGUGCACUGUGGAUGCGUGAAUAUUUUAGUGUGAAACGUGUUUUUGUCAUAGUAUUGAAAUAAAACUUCAACAUAGUUUGGUUGUGGAAGGUAUAGCAGAUAGUUCAGAAAAAAAAAACAUUCAGGAAACAAAAAAUAACUCUUAAAAGGAAUUGAAGCCUUUAAACAAAGAAUGAAAUAGAAACGAUGAUGAUGAUGAAGAUGAUGCUAAGUCAACAGAAAUGAGCACUCUGCGGGUACCUUUCCCAAGGUACAGAGGAAGCAGCCAGAAGUUAGGGUGGCAAGACUCCCUCUGCGUCCGUCUGUGGGCCACACUCCCCGUGUUCUGACACUUCUGCAGUCUGGUCAGUGGCGCUAUGCUAGAUUAUUUCAAACUGUGAAAAAUAAUGGUCUUGUCAUUUGCUCAGUGUGCGGUUAUUUUGCAUUUUCUCAGCUCCUGGGGAUGGAAAGGGAGGAUCCGGGUCUACACAGGUCUGGCCCUUUGACCUUAGGGCUUGCACAAAUCUUUGGUUCAAAUGCACAGGCCCCCAGGACGGAGACAGUGGUUAGAGCACGCAGCAGGUGGGAGCUCCUGGGCCUCUGAGACUGAAGGGAGGGCCCAGCGGGGAGCGGCGGGCUCCUCUGGUUCCCCAGGUUGUCAGUGGAAUCGAUUCCUCAUCUUGGGAUGGUAAUGGCUUCGACCACCUCAGCCAAGCCCACACUAUACCUCACUGAGACUGUGCAUCUCUCUUUAAGGGGUUGUGGUCAAGUGAACUGAUUUUGAUUCUGGUGGUUAGGAGGAGAAAGAGGUAUGGUCGACCCUCAGAUAACCUGGCCCAGGGCAGCUGACUCCCCACCCUCCCCCUCCCCAGACCCCAUCUCUGCUGGAACCCCAAACUGCCAGCCUUUUGUUCUGCCUCUCUCCCGUCACACGUAGAUUUGUCUCUGCAUGCGUGAGCUUUCCUUUCUUUGAAAAAUAAAAAGCAAAUCAGAGCAAUGCUUUCUCUAAAAUCAUAGAGGGAGUCGCUUUAUUUUCAAGACGUUGUAUCUUUUAUGUUAAGAGAUAAAAGCUUAUAGUUUUCCUUUUUUAAUUUUUUGGAGGGAUCACCCUACCAGUUUCCACUGUCUGUGUGUCUAUAUGUGUAUGUGCCAUACAUAUGUAUUCACAUAAAGACCGGCGUGGCCAGGUUCUGCCAGAGGGGCACUCGGGUGCCACGCGUGGGGCCUCCGAACCCUGAAGGGCCAUAGUGUAUAUAAUGCAGCUUUGAAGUGGAACGCGGUUUUCACACUUUUCUAUGGAGCCUUCCAACUCCCAGGUUUUCACUGUAGGCUGUCUGUCUGGAUGGUGGUUAUCAGAUCUCCAUUAACAUCUCUACCCAGCAUUCCCGACUUCGGGGGCCUUCUCUCUUGUUACAAACUUUUUACCAAGUGAAACAUCGAUACCACCUUUGUUUCCAUUCUCACUGGUGUAAAUACUGAGUACUAACUGAGAAUUUUGACUUUGCAUUCUGUCAGAAUACUUGUGUUCAAUAAAAAUUGAAAGAAAAAAAAA